AUGGAACUAGAAAACCAGACUAGAGUCCAGGAGUUUAUUCUCCUCGGUUUCCCCACUAUCAUGGAAUUUCAGAUACUGCUGUUUGUAAUAUUCUUUACUGUCUACAUCCUCACCCUGCUGGAGAACAUUGUGAUCAUUGCAUUGAUAAGGAUGAACAAACAACUUCAUAAACCCAUGUACUUUUUCCUUAGUCACCUGUCUUUCCUGGAGACUUGGUACAUUUCUGUUACUGUUCCUAAGCUCCUGGUUAAUUUCCUAGCAAAGAACAAAAAUAUUUCCUAUGAAAGAUGCAUGACCCAGCUGUACUUUUUCAUAUCUCUAGUCUGUGCUGAGUGUGUCCUCUUGGCUGUUAUGGCUUAUGAUCGCUAUGUAGCUAUCUGCAACCCCCUGCGCUACCCAAUCAUAAUGACUGCUCGGUUUUGCUUACAGCUCGCUGUCGGGUCUUGGCUUACUGGUUUCUCCAUUUCUAUGCUUAAAGUCUUUUACAUUUCCCGGUUGAGUUUCUGUGGACCAAACGUCAUCAACCAUUUCUUCUGUGAUAUCUCACCUUUGCUCAACCUCUCCUGCACAGACCGCACAGUGGCUGAGAUGGUGGACUUUGUGUUUGCUCUCCUUAUCCUCAUAAUUCCACUGUCUGUCACCAUUGGGUCCUAUGCAUACAUAAUAGGAACCAUUUUACAUAUCCCCACAGCCCAAGGAAAAAGGAAAGCCUUUUCCACUUGUGCUUCACACCUCACUGUGGUUAUUAUCUUCUUCUCAGCUACCCUCUUCAUGUACGCUCGACCAAGGAGAAUCCAUUCUUUUAAUCUCAAUAAGCUUGUUUCAGUUGUGUACACCAUUGUUACUCCCAUGUUAAAUCCCUGUAUUUACUGUCUAAGGAAUCAAGAUGUCAAGGAAGCCCUGAAAAAGGUUUUUUGUAGAAUGUGGAAUAAUACUACAGUUACCUCUAGUGACCAUUAA